AUGCCUCACAGUCCUGCGGUUCCGGAUGCCAUCGCGGCUUUGGUCUCGCCGCUCGCCACUAGCGAGACAGACGGCACCGUCACCGCAGCUCCUGAGCAGGAUGGACACGGAUUCCCGACACCACCGGCCACUCAGCCCGUCCGGCCCCGAGCCGCCAUACUGCGUGACCUCACUUCCCCAGCGCCGGGGGCGGAGCGCGCUGCCGCAGAGACGGGUGUACGGCGAGCGAGGCGCAGAUGCGGCUCCACCUCCGCCGCGUCUCCGGGCUCCCAGCGUUCGGCUCGGGAGGAGCCGCGCGCCGUUGUCUCCCGUGUCGCGGCAGCCGCCCGCCGGGCGGCGAACGAGGCCCGCAGCCUUCCGGGUACGCGUGUCGCCGUCGUGCCCGCGGCCGUCGAUCACCGGCUGACCGAGGCCAUCAAGUACUUCCUGCAGGGCAUGGGCUACACAGGGGAGGUAAAUCCCCGACGGAGAUCGCCCCUGCGUGCAAUGGAUCCAUCACUCUUCCCUGCACACUUUGCAAAGAAAACACCUGAAAAGAUAACWAUUACAGAGCCUUUAUUGCUACUAAUUUUGAGCACAUUUUGUACUUUGAGAUUUCCGUUCACCUUUAAAGAGGAUAACAAGCAUUCAAAGGCACCAAUUGUCCAGGCAACAAUGAAGGACCAUGUCUGAUUAUGUAAUGAAAUAUACACAAGUGUUUGCCGCAUUGAGUACCAGUAGUCCCCUUCCCGGCAGCCCCCCCGAGCCCCGGGGCGGGCGCUUUCGGUUCCGCCCUCUCCCCGACCCCGCGGUGGCGGCGGGCUGUGGGCACGGCCGAGCCCCGGGGCUGCCGCCGCCGCCGCGUUCCCGUCGCAGCCGAGAUGCUCGGCAGCGCCCGCUCCGUCUC